AUGUCUGGAUUCCCUGAUCUUGCAACCGACGCUGUUUUAAAGCAAUCUGUGCCUGUCCCUGAGCACUUUGAAAAAGUGAGAGGAGUUGACUACUCCAAACCAGAGAGCCGUAAUGCUCGUGCUUCCGAUCUGAUAGCUUCCAUGAAGACCAUGGGAUUCCAAGGAUCUUCUUUGGCCAAAGCUUGUGAGAUCAUUGACGAGAUGAGAUCUUGGAGAGGUGCUCAUAUUUCCAAAUUGGAGGAACACGAACGCAAGGGAGAGUUUGAUGAGGAUGGAUACCAAAAGACCACCAUUUUCCUUGGCUACACUUCCAACCUGAUCUCUUCUGGUCUCAGAGACACGUUGAGAUUCCUGGUCCAACAUAAGAUGGUUUCUGCGAUUGUUGCCUCGGCGGGUGGAAUCGAGGAAGACCUGAUCAAGUGUCUUGCUCCAACUUAUAUGGGAGAUUUUGCUCUGCCAGGAAAGCAGCUUAGAGACGACGGAAUGAACAGAAUUGGUAACUUGAUUGUUCCCAACGACAACUACUGCAAAUUCGAGGAGUGGAUGGUUCCUGUUUUGGACAAGAUGUUGGAAGAGCAGGAGGAGUUUGCUGCCAAGAACAAGGAGAACUCUUUGGACUCCGACGUUCCAUUCUGGACUCCUUCCAAAGUGAUCGACCGUUUUGGUAAGGAAAUCAACGACGAGUCGUCUGUGCUCUACUGGGCCCACAAGAACCAGAUCCCGAUCUUCUGUCCUGCUCUCACUGACGGAAGUAUUGGAGACAUGCUUUUCUUCCAUACUUUCAAGUCUUCUCCAAAACAACUGAGAAUCGACAUCGUCCAGGACAUCAGAAGAAUCAACAGUUUGUCCAUGGAGGCCUCCCAUGCUGGAAUGCUGAUUUUGGGUGGUGGUUUGAUCAAGCAUCACAUCUGUAACGCAUGUUUGAUGAGAAACGGAGCAGAUUACGCCGUGUAUAUCAACACGGGACAGGAAUUUGACGGUUCUGACGCCGGCGCGCGUCCCGACGAGGCCGUUUCUUGGGGUAAGAUCAAGGCGGACGCCAAGAGCGUCAAGGUGUUUGCGGACGUGACGCUUGUGCUGCCGCUGAUUGUCGCUGCUACCUUUGCGAAGAACUGA